ACAAGAAAGGUUUAUGAACAUUUAGAUGACGAAUAAAAUACGUAUUCCUUCUAGACGUUUCUUUCCCAUAGUUGUACGACUUUAUGGGAACUCAACUCACAUGAAUAUGACACGCCUAGUUGCUUCUCAGCUGUUUGUAAUUUUCCCUCUACGUUGUAAUUGCUGUAAUGUUGGUAGGCGCGCUCUGCGCUCAGUGACUGCUAGUGUUUUGUUUUGUUGCGGUGGAGUGGACGUGGAAUUGAAGUGUAACACGCCCCAUUCAACAAGAUAUGAGGGACUUCGGGUAGCUGUUUACCCACAACAGGCGACAACAGCUGAUGAAAGGAAAAUAAAAUAUAAGAAGAAUAACAAGGGUCGGGCUAAUGCAUCAUCACGCAGUAUAGACCUGGACGCAGGAGAUAAUGUCCAUCAGGUUAUCCUACCUUCAGAUCAAGAAUGGAAACCGGGACCUCAGAAACACGAGACAUUAGUGCUAACCAUUGGACGUUUUGUUGUUACAUUUGUAGUGCGGAUGGUGACAUGACGUGUUUCAAUUUGCUCUUGUCUAAAACGAUAUUCAGCGUUCAUUUCAAAGAAAUGUUUACUUGGUUAGGACCCACCUACAGUGCAAUCUUCCACUUUACUGACAGAUAAGAUACUUACUUUAUGGUCCCAUAAAAUAAUAUUACGUUACUUUAGGUUAUGAUUUAUAGAUCCCAUAAAGUCGAUCAAUAUUUUAGACACGGAAUUGUUCACGUCUUUAUUUUAUCAGCGGAUAAAGAUAUUUUUAUAGGGCGACAGCACAUCAUUGUAGACCUUAAGGACAUACACCCAUCGGGCAUUGUUACCGUAAGAAUUUCGUGCUGUGUGCUUUAAUUUAAGUUCUUGUCUACGAGCAGGCAUGU